GAAUCUAUCAAAACAGUUUUUCCCAUCUUCAUUAAGAGGGAUUGUUUUUCGUUACAUUGGUUUUUGGAAACAUGAUAAGGAGCUUGUCGGUAUUUUUUGUUGUGUCCUGUUUGCUGACGGACAUAACGCUGGUGAUGGCUCGCAGUGCCACACAGACCCCACCGUAUCAAAGCAGGGCAGAUUCAACACCCAUCAAUGUGGCAGAAACAGAUCAAUCGAAUGCCCAAAGCCCCUCGGUUUGGAGCGAUGUGUCCACCAUGUAUCGGAUUUAUCAGCAGUGUGCCAGUGAGAACCUCUCCGUGUGUUUGAAAAUCAAACUGCUGAUGGGCCUGGAGAAGGCGUUCCGGCAUUCCAAGGAGUUGAGCAUAGUGGAGGGAGUAAAGUUUGUGAAUAAUAUUGACACCGUCGCACAUGCUGUGCCAAGAGCAGCUUUAGACGAAAAAAAGAUAGAGGAAAGCUUACCUCGAGGCCUUGAUGGGAAAGAGGACACACUGAACAAUAUGAUUUUCAAAAGAUUGGCAACCUUCCUCCAGGAAUACACACUGCAGGUCAAAUUUCCCGAUGCACAAAACGCCGAUGAAAGGUCCUUUGACGAGAGCCGCAAAAAGAAAGACAAAAAAGGGGGAGGUGCCUACAUAAUGAUACCACUGCUGCUCGGGGGCACAUUUGUGCCGAUUGCUUACGGUGCUCUAGCCAUGUUGGCUGGAAAGGCUCUCAUUGUUUCAAAACUUGCUCUGGUCCUAGCGUCGAUUAUUGGUAUCAAAAAGCUUUUAAACAGUGGUGGUUCAAAGGAGUCACAGCACGAAGUGGUUGUGUCGUCUGGUGGUCAUAGCUCUGGAUGGGGACGGGAUAUUGAUUUGGCUUACAAUGCCUAUGAUCCGAAGUCAUCAAAAAAGGAAAUCUGAGUGAAUAAAACCAAAGAAAAAACAGUAAAUAAGGAUAAGCUAUUUAAUAUUUAUUUUAUUUUGUAAGCCCAUUUUUUU